GGGGGAAAGAGCCGGAUCACCACGCCUCGAGCACGAGCUCGUCAACGACUCCGUCGUCUCGUCCACCUCCGAAUUCCAAAUUUUCCAUACCCUUCCUCCCAGUCCUUACACCUCUCGAUGCAAAAACCCUAGCGGGGGAAGCACCACCUGCGCAGCCGCAGCGGCCAUGGCGGAGCCGGCCCUGCUGGACCCCACCGCCGCCUUCGACCUCCGCCUCUACCCGGCCCACCUCUUCGACCACGAACUCCCUCUCGCCGGCGGCGGCGGCGGCGACGACGACGACGACCUCCCGCUCGACGGGCUCGAGUUCGACCUGCCCGGCGAUUUCUCCGUGGAGGACUUCCUCCUCCGGUCUCCGGAGCGGGACGACUCCGGCGAGGGCUCUGCUGCCGGAUCCGGGCCCACCGCCUCCCCGUCGUCGUCCCCGACCACCUCGGCGUCCAACUCCGCCGUCGCCAACGGCAGCGGCGGCGAGGUCAAGCACGAGGAGUCGGAUGAGGGGAGGAGCGGUGGGGGUGACCCCAAGUGGAGCCUGAAGCGGAAGCAGGCGAGCCCCGGCCCGAGCUCGGACGCGGCCAAGUGCCGCCGAUCCGGGGACGGCGACGUUUCUCCGUCGGCGUCGGCGUCGCGGACCGCUGUGGAUUCCGACGAGGGGGGGACGGUGUGCGAGGAGGAGGAGGACGAGCGGCGGGCGGCGCGGCUGAUGCGGAACCGCGAGAGCGCGCAGCUGUCUCGGCAGAGGAAGAAGCGGUACGUGGAGGAGCUGGAGGAGAAGGUGAAAUCGAUGCACUCGGUGAUUAAUGACCUCAAUUCUAGGAUCUCCUUUGUCGUGGCCGAGAACGCAACACUGCGGCAGCAGCUUAGUGGCGGCAGUGUGAAUUGCCCACCACCUGGGGUGUAUCCGCCGGCGCCAAUUCCCGGCAUGCAUUUCCCAUGGAUGCCUGGGUAUGCAAUGAGACCCCCUGGUUCCCAUGUACCUCUUGUGCCAAUCCCCCGGUUGAAGCCGCAACAGCCAGUGCCUUCAUCCAAAGUAGUGAAGAAACCAGAGAGCAAGAAGACUGUGGAGAACAAGAGUAAGAGCAAGACCAAGACCAAGAAGGUGGCUAGUGUUAGCCUUCUUGGUUUGCUGCUUAUUAUGCUUGUCUUUGGUGCUUUCAUUCCAGGGUUUAAUCAUAACUUUGGAAUGUGUGGGCAGAGUGAUAAUGCUAUGUUUAGGAAUUUUGGUCAGUCUCAUGCUAGGGUGUUGAGUGUCAGUAGCCAGGAUAAAAGUAGUUUGAACAAUAGCGACAUGAUUGGUGUUGAUGUUGGAAAGAUGACGGGGAAUACUGAUGGGCCAGGGAAGAAACAUCAGCCUGCACACAACUCAAGUGAGAUCCUCCCUGCUUUGUUGUAUGUGCCGAGGAAUGGAAAGCAUGUUAAGAUCAACGGCAACCUGAUUAUUCAUUCUGUGCUUGCAAGCGAGAAAGCAGUGGCACAUAAGGCCUCAAAAGAUGAUAGUGAUCAGUCAGCUAGAGAUCACAAAGAGACUAGUGUUGCCAUAGCUCGUUAUCUUUCGCUGCCUGGAAAGGAUGUGAAUCGACAGGAGACAUCCUCGGCAGAUGGACCAUUGCCACAAUGGUUUCGUGAAGGAAUGGAAGGACCUAUAUUAAAUUCUGGAAUGUGCAGUGAGGUAUUUCAGUUUGACAUUUCGACGGCUUCUAGCAAUCCUGGUGGCAUUAUACCUGCAUCUCCUGUUGUGAACUCGUCAAGUGUCAAUGCUACCGAGAAAAUCCCAGCACAUUCUGCUGCUUAUCAUGGCAAGCUGAAAAACAGAAGAGUCAUGUACAAUGAAGCGAUUCCACUCACCGGGAAGACGGCGAACAACACAGAGCCUUUUAACAGAACCUCUGAAAGCAGCAGCAAGUUACCUGAUAGCAAGCCAGCAUCAUCAGUUGUUGUCUCGGUGCUAGCCGAUCCAAGGGAGGCUGGUAAUGGGGAUGGCGAUCCGAGAGUAUCUCCGAAACCCCUGUCCAAGAUAUUUGUUGUUGUUCUUGUUGACGGUGUGAGAUAUGUCACUUACUCCUGCACGCUUCCUUUCAAGAGCUCCAGCCCACAUCUUGUGAACUAAGCGGCUGGGUUGUUCGCCAAAAACUGACAGAUGAAUAGAUUUAUACAAUGAUCUGAUGCUGUUUCCUAACCAAGGACUAAACUUCCUAUGCACUCAGGCUGAGGUAAUUCAAGUUUGUCGAAGGUUCGGAGUGAUGAGUGCGAGUUUAGUUAAUGUAUGCAGUUUUUGCAGUGCUGUGAUAAUCGGGUUCGUUUGCUGUACCUCUAGCUGUAACGGUGAUGUAAUCAUGUAAUACUGUUUGAUCGUUGAGAUAUAAGUGCAACUAGUAAUAUGGGUAGUCGAGAACACGUGCAGAAUAUACAUGCCUUUUUUUACCUUAGUUUCAAUGAAUAUCAUAAACAAAGCUACAGUACAUCAGGUUGCUGAAA